GGACCACAUGCAAGAAGUCUGCGGAGAUUGUGUGUAGUGAUAUCGCCGAUUGGUUUCCCAUAGCUCAGGAUGCCAUUUGCGCAAACAAGCCUCCAACAGGCGCGCCUAUGCCGAAUCAAUUAAAGUAAUGCGCCGUGCAUCAAGUCGACUGCGCAUUCUCGAAUUCCCAACGCCAGAUGCUUCAUCAUCUUAAUCUUUCAGCAUGUCAUUUUUAUUUAUUUUUUUAAAUUUCACUUCACGCAGGGGCUUUCGUUUAAAGUGCACGCACAGCACCUGAAUGCUCGGGCAAAGGUGAGCAAUGACUUUCAGUCGGUAUCCAAAAUCGGUGCGACUUUUCUUUGAGGUCACCGGAACAAGUUUAGGGGGGAUGCUUAUUUUCGAGGUGUAUUGCUUUGAAUUGUGUGGGCUGUUGUCAGUCCGUUUGUUAUGCUCCUUGACUGAUUUUUUUUUUUUUCCAUACAUGGUUUGAACGAGCGUCAAUGUUGGUAAUCCUGCUUAACUGUGUCACCUUGGGCAUGUUUCAUCCCUGUGAGGACAUCGACUGCCACUCUGACAGAUGUAAAAUCCUGCAGGAUUUUGAUGACUUUAUCUUUGCGUUUUUUGCCAUUGAGAUGGUGAUCAAGAUGGUGGCUCUGGGAAUUUUUGGCAAGAAAUGUUACCUCGGAGAUACGUGGAACCGCUUGGACUUCUUCAUCGUGAUAGCAGGAAUGUUGGAGUAUUCCCUCAACCUGCAGAAUGUCAGUUUUUCGGCAGUGAGGACGGUUCGGGUGUUGAGGCCACUGAGGGCCAUCAACCGGGUGCCAAGUAUGCGUAUCCUGGUGACCUUGCUGCUCGACACUCUGCCCAUGCUUGGGAACGUGCUGUUGCUCUGCUUCUUUGUCUUCUUCAUAUUUGGCAUCGUGGGAGUCCAGCUGUGGGCCGGCCUGCUCCGAAAUCGCUGCUUUGUGGAGGACAACUUCUCGUUCCCUCUGUCUGUGGAGCUCGAGAAAUACUACCACACUGAAAACGACGACGAGAAUCCCUUUAUCUGCUCUCAGCCCCGAGAGAACGGCAUGAGGGACUGUAGCUCAGUGCCCAAGCUCUACGACGAAGCCGAUCUGCAGUGCAAUCUCGACAUGUACUCGUACAACAGCACCGAUAACACCACCUGUGUGAACUGGAACCAGUACUACAGCAACUGCUCUGCCGGUCUGGUGAACCCUUUCAAAGGGGCGAUCAACUUUGACAACAUCUGCUACGCCUGGAUUGCCAUUUUCCAGGUGAUCACUCUGGAGGGCUGGGUGGAUAUCAUGUAUUUUGUGAUGGAUUCUCACUCUUUCUACAACUUCAUCUACUUCAUCUUACUAAUUAUCAUUGGCUCGUUCUUCAUGAUCAAUCUCUGCCUGGUAGUCAUUGCCACUCAGUUCUCUGAAACCAAGCAGCGAGAGAGUCAGCUGAUGAAGGAGCAGAGGGUACGCUUCAUGUCCAACGCCAGCACCUUGGCCUCUCUCUCGGAGCCGGGUUCCUGCUACGAUGAGCUGCUCAAGUACCUUGUCCAUGUGGUCCGAAAGGGAGCCAAACAGGUGGCCCACAUCUGCAGGUUCUUAGCACGUCGCGCGGGACUCAACAUUGCCGCCUCUCCGCCUCCAGUGGAACCCCAACAAAGGCAGAGCCAGAAGAGGAGGAGAAAGUCCUCAAGACAGGGGUCAUUGUCUGUUUACCACAUGGUCCACCCUCACCCUCACUACCAUUACCAUCUUGGGAAUGGUAGCGUGAGAGCAGGAGGCGGCAUCAGGUGUCUGGAAGGUCAAGACGCGGAUCCAUCUUCUCGCAACAACAACGUGGGAGCCUCCUUUGGCGGAACCCUGACUUUAGCGCCACCGCCACGCUCAGUCACGACAGCAACUUCCGACAGCAAUCUAGUGGGAUGUGGGGAUUCACAUUCAACCCUCGGCGCGCCCCGCCGAGAAACCCUUUGCUAUACCCCCACAUCCUCAACCCUGUUCCAAACUCCAGGCCCAUUCUCCUUGACUUCAGCGUUGACGUCCAGGGCGAUGAAGAGGAACUCUGUGCCGUUUGCUGCUCCCGGUCCGAAGAAUUACCCCACUCUCCAGGACAGAGCUCUAGCAGAGUCGCGACGAGGUAGCGUGGCAACCAGUACUCUCACGAAUAUCGGCCUCAACAUCCCACCGAUGUCCUAUGGGAGAAGGCGGCAGAGCCUGGCGGACACCCGCAACCCCGCAGCUGCAGCCCAGCCCGCUUGCCAGCUGUCGGCUCGCGACCUCAGCGCCAUGAGCAGCGCCGUGGACGUGGCGGGGUUGCCAAUGGACCCCGAAGGUUGCCCCUAUUGCGCCAAAGCCCUCGCCAAUGAGUCGGAGGGCGGCACAGAGACGCCGGGAGACUCCGACAGCGAGGGGGUCUACGAGUUGAGCCAGGAGACGCGCCGCAGGGACAGGCGGGACAGUCGGCAGCCCAAGAAAAAGCCUUUCAGGUUGGGGAAAACGGCUGGAAAGGUGGUGCACUUCUGGAGGUUGGUGUGCGAUACGUUUCGCAAGAUCGUCGACAGCAAGUACUUUGGACGUGGGAUCAUGAUCGCCAUCUUGAUCAAUACUCUCAGUAUGGGGAUCGAGUAUCAUGAACAGCCUGACGAACUGACCAAUGCCCUGGAGAUCAGUAAUAUAGUGUUCACCAGCCUCUUCUCCCUCGAGAUGCUGUUAAAAGUGUUGGUCUACGGACCUUUUGGAUACAUCAAGAACCCCUACAAUAUCUUUGAUGGCAUCAUCGUGGUCAUCAGUGUGUGGGAAAUCGUGGGUCAGCAAGGUGGAGGUUUGUCCGUGCUGAGGACCUUCCGACUCAUGAGGGUGCUGAAGCUGGUCCGAUUCAUGCCGGCCCUACAGAGGCAACUGGUGGUGCUCAUGAAGACCAUGGACAACGUGGCCACCUUCUGCAUGUUGCUUAUGCUCUUUAUCUUCAUCUUCAGCAUUCUGGGAAUGCAUCUGUUCGGUUGUAAAUUUGGUUCCGAGCGGGAUGGAGACACCUUACCGGACAGGAAAAAUUUUGACUCGCUUCUGUGGGCCAUCGUGACUGUUUUCCAAAUUUUAACCCAAGAAGACUGGAACAAGGUAUUAUAUAACGGCAUGGCAUCCACAACUCCGGUAGCGGCUCUCUACUUCAUUGCCCUUAUGACUUUUGGUAACUACGUUCUGUUCAACCUGCUGGUGGCCAUCUUGGUUGAAGGCUUCCAAACUGAGGAAGUGGCCAAGCGGGAGGACUUGCAUGCCCAACUGAGUCUAAUUCAGCUGCCUGUAGAUGCAGGGGGUGACUCUUCUAAAUCAGGUUCAGAGAUUGAUUCCUGUGCGCGCAGUAUGGAGGAUGUUAACGGCAGUAAGAGGGAGUUAUCGGCCUCUGCAGUAGUACCCGUGAAUGGUCAUGUGGAUCUGAAGACCAGCCUGACUCCUCCACUGAUUACCCACACGGCAGCCACUCCGAUGCCUAUACCGAAGUUGCCCAUUCUGGGUGACCCCAUCCAGGGCUACGAGUCCCGCCGAGGCAGCAGUGUCUCCAUCGACCCAACCUCCUAUGACAAGUCACCGACCAGUGCUCGGAGUGCUUCCCCUUAUGCACAUUGGAGCACCAGUAGUGGCCGCAACAGCCGCCGAUCGAGCUGGAACAGCCUUGGUCGCGCCCCGUCCCUCAAACGCCAGAAACGGCAAUCUGGGGAGCGACAGUCCCUUUUAUCGGAAGAAGGUGGCUCGAGCUCCGAAGAAGGUGAGGCUGGAGGAGAGGGAGGAGGCGGAUUGAUGGAGGACGACGACGCCUCCUUGGCCAGGACGGACUCCAUGUCCCAGUCGAAGAGAGAGCCGCGUCACCGGAGGAUGGAGUCGAUGGAGACGCGGAGCUCCAUGGAUUUGCCUCCUGAUGCCCUCCUGCAGGUUCCAUAUCUAUAUCGCUCAGCUAGUAUGCACAGCUCCAGACCCCCUUUACCGGGUACCUUCCGGCCUGCAGAGCAUCGCGACUGUAAUGGGAAGGGCACGCCCUCACUUUUGGCCCCCACGCAUGUCUCGUUGGAGGAGAACGCUGAAGAGGAGAACGCUGAGGAAGACGCCAAUCUGGGUCGUCUUGCCAGAUUGUUUCGCUGGCUCGAAAAGAAACAACCGGAGUGGUGUCGACAAAGAGACACCUGGUCGCUCUACCUCUUCUCGCCGGAGUCAAGGUUUCGUUUCGCGUGCAACAAGAUCAUCAACCACAAGAUGUUCGACCAUGUGGUGCUGGUUAUCAUCUUCCUCAACUGCAUUACGAUCGCGAUGGAGCGGCCUCGCAUCGACCCCGCCAGUGCCGAACGGAUCUUCCUCACGUUGUCCAACUACAUCUUCACAGCAAUCUUUGUGACCGAGAUGACCAUCAAGAUUGUAGCUUUGGGUUGGUGCUUUGGCGACAAGGCCUAUCUGAGGAGCAGUUGGAACAUUCUGGAUGGGAUGUUAGUGAUGAUAUCUGUUAUCGACAUCCUGGUCUCUUUUUUUUCCAACUCGGGUACCAAGAUCUUGGGGAUGCUCAGGGUGCUGAGGCUCCUGCGUACUCUAAGGCCUCUGCGUGUCAUCAGCAGAGCGCCGGGUCUCAAACUGGUCGUGGAGACCCUGAUGUCUUCACUGAAGCCCAUCGGCAACAUUGUGGUCAUCUGCUGUGCCUUCUUCAUUAUCUUUGGCAUCCUUGGUGUCCAGCUCUUCAAAGGCAAGUUCUUUGUUUGUCAAGGAGAGGAUGUCAGGAACAUCACAAACAGGUCGGACUGUUUACAAGCCAGUUACAGAUGGGUCAGACACAAGUACAACUUCGACAACCUGGGACAGGCCUUGAUGUCUCUAUUUGUUCUGGCGUCCAAAGACGGCUGGGUGGAUAUUAUGUACGAUGGACUAGAUGCCGUCGGGGUAGACCAACAGCCAGUGAUGAACUACAACCCGUGGAUGUUGCUGUACUUCAUCUCCUUCCUCCUGAUCGUGGCCUUCUUUGUGCUCAACAUGUUCGUGGGCGUGGUGGUGGAGAACUUCCACAAGUGUCGGCGCCACCAGGAGGCGGAGGAGGCCAAGCGCAGGGAGGAGAAGAGACUGAAACGCAUGGAGAAAAAGAGACGGAAUUUAAUGGUUCCAGGGGUGAGUUGGGCCCUCUCUGAAGGCACAUUAAAAGAAGCUCAGAGUAAGCCCUACUACUCCGAUUACUCCCCCACCCGUUUGAUUAUCCACAAGAUGUGCACGAGCCACUACCUGGAUCUCUUCAUCACCAUUGUCAUAGGGCUCAACGUCAUCACAAUGUCCAUGGAGCACUACCAGCAGCCGAAGGAACUGGAUGAAGCAUUGAAGAUCUGUAACUACAUCUUCACUCUCAUCUUUGUUCUGGAGUCAGUCUUCAAAUUGGUGGCUUUUGGCUUUCGACGCUUCUUUAAGGACAAGUGGAACCAGCUGGAUCUGGCCAUCGUGUUGCUCUCCAUCAUGGGCAUCACUCUGGAGGAAAUCGAGGUCAACGCUUCACUGCCCAUUAACCCGACCAUCAUCCGCAUCAUGAGAGUCCUGAGGAUUGCACGAGUACUGAAGCUCCUCAAGAUGGCGGUGGGGAUGCGGGCUUUGCUCGACACCGUGAUGCAAGCUCUACCUCAGGUGGGAAAUCUGGGUCUUCUCUUCAUGCUCCUCUUCUUCAUCUUUGCAGCCUUGGGAGUGGAGCUGUUUGGUGACUUGAUUUGCGAUGAACUCCAUCCUUGUGAAGGCCUGGGACGCUAUGCGACAUUCAAAAACUUUGGGAUGGCGUUUUUGCUGCUCUUCAGAGUUUCGACUGGGGACAACUGGAAUGGCAUCAUGAAGGACACUUUAAGAGAUUGCGCCCAUGAGACCAGUACCUGCUACAACACCGUUGUCUCUCCCAUCUACUUUGUCUCCUUCGUCCUGACCGCUCAAUUCGUCCUGGUCAACGUCGUUAUCGCUGUCCUGAUGAAACACUUGGAAGAGAGCAACAAGGAAGCCAAGGAAGAGGCGGAGCUAGAGGCGGAGUUAGAGCACGAGUUCCACGGUGACGGGGGAGACGUGGCAACAAGGUCGCCCCAGCUCAACCCUCUCACACUGGGCAUGGACAGGUCCAGUUCUGGGGGUUCCCCGUGGAGGUCCGCCGGAGGUGGGGACUCACCAACUGUCGAUAUCCCCAGAGACCCAGUAAACAUCCGAGAAGAGCCUCCCUCGUGCCCGGAACCACUUCCGGAGUUGGUCCAGCAAAGAGCGCAGUUUGACUCGGUUUCCCUGCUCAUCCGGGGUUCAAUGGAAGGGGAGCUGAGUUUGAUGGACAACUUGUCCGGCUCGGUGUGCCACUACUACGCGCUUGCCCCCAAAGCCAGCAAGCACAACCCGGACAAAAAGAUUCCUCUAGCUGAGAUGGAAGCUCUGUCUCUGGCCUCAGAGAAAUCCUGGUCCCUAGCUCUGACAGAGGAAUCGCUCGCUGACGAUUUUAAUCCCCUCUCCCUAAGCAGCCUGGAAUUCAAUGCCGAGCAGCCCGACCCCGGCGAAGCCCUCGAGGACAACCUGCUGAGUGUCAGGAAGCCCGCGGUGGGACGCACGCACUCCCUACCCAACGACAGCUACAUGUUCUUCCCCCAGCAGGCCUUUGGCAAGCCCGUUGCAGCUUCAGCACAACUUCUAGCACAGACGCCUCUACCCCAGCGCGUACUAGGCUCCCAUUGGGCCCAGUCAGGCUCCAGGGGUUCAGUGCGUUCCCAACCUGAAGAAUUUUCCCAACGACUGACCAUCCCCACCGACCUCUUCAGACCCAUCAGCCCCCACAGCCACUCGGACUCUGAAGGUAUCCCGCGACUACCCCCUCCCAGACGCACGCACGCCGUGAGCCGCAAGCUCCGCAGACAGGUCGCAGUGUCGACAGAGUCGCAGGAGGCCCUGUGUUCAGAUGGAGGGGAAAGCAGUGAAGGACUUGCGAACGUGGCUUCUCCGGGCCUCCCUCCGUCCUCCUCUGGCUCCUCUUCCUGCUCCUCCACCUCCUCACCCUUCCCCUUCUCGCAGCAGCAACAGCAGCCAGCUCUCCAUCUGGUCCCCGCCACACCUGGCGCCUCCCCGAAACCUUCGCGCACCAGCAGUGCGCACACCCAGCUACGCGACCGGGACCCCCUUGACUCCCGCUCGCCCCGCUCGUCCUUACCACCGACGUCGCAGCAACAAAAUCGGGCCUCCGUGGAUCAGGAAGUGUCUCAAAUUACUGCGGGAGUGUUGACAGGAAGUGAUGACAUCACGGCACCGGGUGACAAACGAAGCAGCGGCAGCGACAUUGGAACGAAAGAGGCUAGCGAAAACAAUGCGGACUUCCGAGAAAGUGGCAGUUCUUGUUUGAGGGCGUUGAAGAGGUUUCAUAGUGUUGACACGCAAGGCCGUAGCAUUCUCCUGCCCCGCCCCCGCCCCCACUCCUGGUUGGACGACCCACGUCGCCACUCGGUGGAGGUUUGCUCCGCGGUGGAGUCCGGCCCCCAGUGCAGCGCCACGUCCACUUCCUCUGGUUUCGUGUCGCAGGCUGACAGUCUGCAAAUCCACAGCCAGACCUCCACUCAGACUUCACAGCCCUCGCCCCGACGGAAGAAGAAGAUGAGUCCUCCCUGCAUUUCUGCGGAAGCCCCCGAUGGAUCGAAGCCCCAGUCCAGCCUCUACCCUGCUCUUGGUGGCUUAGGGUUGCCCCCUCCCCUGCCCAAUCGGGACACCUGCCUGAGGAGGCGAGCGCUUUCCAGUGACUCCAAGGACUCCUUUGACCUCGGGGUCGGAGAGGGUUCAGGGCCGGAUCGUGACUCUCCAAAUCCCAACGCCAACCCCAAGCUACUGACACUUCCCGGUUUAUCCUUUGAGAAGACGAGCUCGGAGCACUGAUUCACAAAAAAAUACACGCAUAAAAACUCACCACAAGAUGAAACACAGACACCGAUGCACUUUGUGUAUCUCUGGUGGUGAUAGAACUAGUAAUAAUGCUGUAGAGAGUAAUAAUGUUUAAAAAAAAAAAAGCAUCUUUGGUUCCUUUUAGGAGCAGUGCUGUCAUAGUGUUCCCGGCCUUUGUUUGUAUUGGUAUUUAAUAUUAUGUUUUUUACUGCCAAUACAAUAAGACAGGAAAACUAAUAACACAUAGGAUCCCGCCCCGCCCCGCUACACUCGCAUGCCAAUGGCUGCAGUUUGAUCCAGUCACCUCUGGAGUGACGACAUGAAAUGACACGCAGUUGACGUUAGAACUUUUUGGUGUUUCACAGGGUCGACUUUGACCAUUCAUUUGGAGGUACAAAGCAAUAUGAACGUUUUAGAGGCACUAUUUUCUUAAAUUAUUGGGCCAUAAUGUUUAUGCAGGGCAUUGUUGCAUUUUAUUUUGUUCUGUUUUGUUUUUUUUUCUUCUUCUUCUUCAAUGCCGGCCUUUGGAUCUAAAUGGUUUAUCUUUGGCUUUAUUCCACUCUAGUUUUUUUUUUUUUUUAGCUUUCUUGGUUUAUUGAGAAAAGUGAACCAUGUACAGUAUUUGGAGGGAAAAAAUAUCUAUCUCUCAUCUCUCUCUCUCUCUCUGAAUAGGAUGAGUCUUAACCUCCAUGGCAGAGGCUCCGUUGAACCCCCGAGACAGAUUCACUGAACCCUGAGGGUUCGAUCGAACCCAGGUUGAGAACCACCGAUCUAGAUAGAGAUGUCGAUCUAUCUUUACAUCUAGAUAGAGACGUCUCUCCGUCUAGAUGUAAAGAUGGAUCUAUAUUUUUUUCCGACAAGUACGUGGUGCAAAUGUUAAUUUUCAUUGAUUAUCUUAUUCUCCCAAAUCAAUACAAAGCUGAAAAAAAGUGUUUUAAAUGCUAAAUUUGAUCAUGAUUUUUUUUUUUUUACCAUGGCCCGGUGGUCGACUGGUUAACGCGUCGUCCUCACAGCGCAGAGGUGCAGGGUUUGAUCUCGGCUCCGGCCUUACGCCACACCACAGUUCGAACUUUAACAUUGUUCGGACAUUGUUUAAAAAAAGUUGAGGGUUGUGGGCGGCGGUAUCAAUUUGUGUUUUACUUGUGUGAUGCUGAAAAUGAUAACAAAAAGCACAUUAUUUCACGUUCCGCCUCAUGAACCUAAUUCUAUCGUAUUUAUUUAUUUUUCAGAAUAAACACUUAUUUAAACUUGUA